GGGAGGGGCUGAACCCCUGCUCUAAAGGCAGCCCCGGGACCCACGGGUGCCUGUCUGCAGCGUGCAAAGCCCAGGAGCAUUGGGCAAUUGUGGUUUCCUCCCUGCCCUCAAGGACCCAGCCGUGCUAGCCCAGCCCCCGGGGUGUCUCGGGACCUCAUCUGCUCAGGCAUGGAGGAGACAGUUGUGCGACCUUCGGUGUUCACGGUGGACGGACAGACAGACAUCCCAUUCACGAGGCUGGGGCGCAGGCGCCGGAGACGGCCCUGCAGUGCGGCCCAGCUGGGCCUGGGCCUCCUCCUGCUGCUGCUGGCGGCUGGGCUGGCCGUCCAGGGCUGGUUCCUGCUUCAGCUGCACUUGCGCCUACGGGCCAUGGUCACCCCCCUGCUGGACGGAGAUGCAGAAUCCUGGAAGCAGCUGACGCAAGAGCGGAGGUCCCACCAGGCCAACCCAGCCGCACACCUUACAGGAGCCAACUCCAGCCUGACAGGCAGCGGGGGUCCGCUGCUCUGGGAGACAAAGCUGGGCUUGGCCUUCUUGAGGGGCCUCAGCUACCGCGAGGGCUCCCUGGUGAUCGCCCAGGCUGGCUACUAUUACAUCUACUCCAAGGUGCAGCUCGGAGGCGUGGGCUGCCCGCAGGGGCUGAGCAGCGGCCUGCCCAUCACGCACGGCCUCUACAAGCGCACGCCCCGCUACCCCGAGGAGCUGGAGCUGCUGGUCAGCCGGCGGUCCCCCUGUGGGCGAGCAACCAACCCCCGUGUCUGGUGGGACAGCAGCUUCCUGGGGGGCGUGGUGCACCUGGACGAAGGCGAGGAGGUGGUGGUCCGUGUGCCCGAUGAGCGCCUGGUCCGACUCCGCGAUGGCACCCGCUCCUACUUUGGGGCUUUCAUGGUGUGAAGGAAGGAGUGACCGUGGACUGAACGGGGGUCUGACAGGCAGUGUGACCUCAGACGGUGCUCUGGGGAACCCAAAACUCAACAAGCCAAGAGCUCAGCGGGCACCUCCAGGGGCCGAGAACCCAGCCACCCCUGAAGGUUGAGGACCCUGCAGGCACCAAAGGAAACACUGCAGACCCUGCCACGACGAUACUGAAGACAAAGACCCAGAGACUUGGGGGGUCUGGAGGCCCCCAAUGGGGGGAAGGUGAUCUGCCUGAUAUUCAGGAAGAAGGGGUGAGGGGUGGGUAUUUAUGUUUUUGAUUCAGAGAAGAGUGGGACUUGGGGGUCCAGGGACUUGGCUGAAGACAGGAAGCCUCACCAUCCCCCACUCUCAUGCGUGUGGGCGGUUGCAGGGAGAGAGUCAUCAUCAGGACUUAUCCCUGUGGACUGCCCGGCCCAGGCCCACCCACGGCCAUAGUCACACAUUCAAGUUCCUCCCACAGCUGCGUAGCCCCACCUCCUGCUGGCUGAGUAAGGUUACUCUGAGACUCAGGCACAGCCGAUAUAGGCCAUGUGCCCGAAACGGUUUGCUAACCCGCUCUCCCUGGAGGGAAGAGGCUUUGUAGUGUUUGCAUUUGCAUUUUCCUUGGUGUAAUUACUCCCGUGGUGACUGGUUUCUUGGCUACCAGCGCAUCACCCACUGGCUGGCUGGAUCCCAGCCCUGUCGAGCACUCACAUCCCACUAGGACAUCCUAGCUGUGUUUCAGCACCCAGGUCAGGGCCUGGCACACGGCAGUCCCUUGGAAAACGUUUGCAGAGAGAAAGAAAGAAGGGAGGGCGGGAAGGAAGGCGGGAGGAGGCAGGAGAGAGAAUGCAGACACACCUACAGCAUCACAGAGAAUCACACAGCUUCACAGUCGCUUUCACAACUAACUCUUACACACAAAGCAUCAGAUUCUCGCACAACUACACACUAGUCAUAGCGUCACAUUCAGUCACAGACAUUGUGUGACAACCACAUGUGACACAGCCAUGCACAAGUCAUCAUCACAACCACAGUCACCCGCAGGGGCCAUAUAGUCACACCAAGUGUGACACAUGGGAUGCCAUGAUCAUCACAUCGGACUUCCACAUGCUGCAUCACGGUCACACCCAUCACACACACACACACACACACACACACACACACACACGCAGCCUAAGGCUCCUCCCAGUCAAGACGAAUACAUCUUGGGAUGAGGACCAGACUUUGUCUGAAGCCUUGGGCUCCCUGACCACGGGUCUUGGAAAUAAAUGGUAAAUGUUG